GGCGGGACAUUGACGUGGCGCGAUGACGUCGUGCGUGCGGAGGUGAUGGCAUGCAAGCUGGAGGGCCGAGGGGAAUGCUGACCAACAAAACCGAUGCCAUCCACUGGGCUUCCGUCCUCGAACAGGACGACACUGAGGCUUCGACCGCCAGAGUGCUCCGCGCUCGGUCCAUUAACACUAAAGAGUAUGACUCUGUCUUGUAUGGUCCUAUGGUGGAUUAUUCCUACAGAAGUCUGGAUUCCCUACAUGAUGCCCUGAAGCUAACCCCUCGGCCGGGCCUGAGGCCGAAUGAAUACACAGAGGAUCAGAAGUUGAAGAGCUGCUCAUUUCGGCUGAGCCACAACAAGCUGAAUGAUCUGAGUGGGUUGGAGCAGCUGAUCAACACAGUGCUGGUGGAGCCCAGCCGAUUGUUCUGGAUCGACCUCUCCUUUAACAACUUCCUCAGAAUCGACCCGGUCCUGAUUCUUUGCACGAACCUACAAGUGCUGAACUUCCAUGGGAACCAGGUCGGGGAGCUGUUCGAGGCUGACAAACUGGCGUCACUGCCACACCUCCGCAGCCUGACCUUACAUGGUAACCCCGUGGAACUGCAGAAGGGAUACAGGAGCUACAUCGUGGGGAUUAUCCCUCAGUUGAAGUCACUGGAUUACAGCACCAUCACCAAACAGGACCGCUCCACUGCAGCUGUACUCAAGUCGUUUACCAAACAGAAGCGGCCUGCCCAGAGAAGAUACCAUGAGUAGAUUCCACAAGAGACGACCAGCCCUUCCUACUGGGUUCCAUCAGAACGUUCCCUAAUUCCCAGCCUAGGACCAGAUAGAAAAAGGGAACAUUCUGAUUUGCCCAGAAUUAAUCUUAAUUAAAAGUCAUGUUGAUUGUUAACUAGAUUAUUCAUUUAUUUGUUUCCAGUUUAUGGAAUUUGAUUUGUACCCUUCUCUUUCGCUAUUUGUUUGUCUGACAACUUCUCAAUGUGUGUCCAAGCAGAUGUGCAAGUGGUGUUUAAUGCUUUUUCGAUAGACAUGUGGAAUGGAUGGUAUUGCGUGCAAGCAGAUAGGAUUGAGCAUUGUGUCAGUCACAGACAUUCUGGGCCUCUGCUGUAUCGCUCUGUUCUGUUUCUGUAAUGUGCUGUCCUGUGCUAUUUUCUGUGUUCCUCUGAUUUAUUGUUGUGUUCAUAUGCUUUACAGUUCUGUUCUGUGCCUCUAUCACUCCUAAAGACAAUUCCUUGAGUUAUCCUCAAAGCCCCUGCCCCUCAAUGUGAAUUCUGGCUACUAGCUGUUUUUUUUGUUACAUUCAGGAUAUAGACAUUGCUGGUGAAGUCGGUGUGUACAACCCAUCUAUAACUGUCCUGACAAAGACACAGGUCAGCACUCACCAGAGCAGAUGUGAUGCUGCUGAGGAAGGAAGGCCAGCCACUGAUAUUGGCCUGUCACCACAAGGUGCAUUGUGAUGGCGGCACACAAGCGUGAUGUUACCCUGUGCCAACUGCCCUUGUUCUCAGUGCUAGAGAGAUUGAGAUUCAGAUCUAUUUCGCUGGCCUUUGAAUAUGGAGUGAAGCAGUGAUGUCCGCAUGAAACAGCAGUAUUGUCUGGUGGUCGAGGGACUGAGUGUUUGAGGUGGUGGAUGGAAAAUUGAUCAGAACAUUGAAUCUUUCGCCAUAAAAUUACUCAAACUGGCAAUUUCCUUUUCCUGAGCAACAUGCACAAAAUGCUGGAGGAACUCAGCAGGUCAGGCACCAUCUAUGGAAAUGAAUAAACAGCCAACAUUUCAGGCUGACACUGAGAAUUAUUAUUAGAAUUAUUCUGGCAUCUUCCUUUCCAGUCCUGAAGAAUGAUGUUGGCCAGAAACGUUGACUGUUUAUUCAUUUCCAUAGAUGCCGAGUUCCUCCAGCAUCUGCAGAAUCUAUAACUUCCUUUUUCUUUUCAUAGGACAAAUAUUCAAGCCCUUCCUCAUUAUAUACAGUACUCCCACCUUCCAACACCCACUGGGGCAGAGAACUCCACGGACCUGCCACCAUAUCUGAGAUGUUUCUAUGAACCUCAGUUUGAAAGACCUGUGGUCAUGUUCCCUGUGAAACUCUCCCAUUAGUGAGGGCAGAGAACACUACAGCACUGGGUGGGUCAUUUAGCCAACAAUAUGUCAAUCUUGAACUAAUUUAUACCAAAAGUCCUCCUCCUGUGAACAGGGGCUCACUCUUCACAAUGGCGCCACAAGAUGCUGGAAAUCCAGAACACACACAACGUGCCAGAGCAACUUAGCAGGUCAGGCAGCAACCAUGGAGAGGAAUGGACAGUUGGCAUUUUGGGUCAAGACCAUCUACUCAUUCAGCUCUGAGGAAUGAUCUCCACCUGAUACAUCAACUAUCCAUUCCUUCCAUAGAUACCACCAGUUUCUGAGUUCUCUCCAGAAACAGUUUCUCCAGCAUUUUGUCAGUUAUUCCCCAGGCAGUGGAAGGUUUUGAGAGGGAACUGAUUUGCUAAUAGUUUGGAAGGAAGGUCAUGAAUCACAUGGGCUGAAUAGCUUAUUUAAGCUGUAGUUGUUACAAAACUACAGUUUCAAGCCUUAGGCAAUCGCCUUCCUCUUUCUCAAUCCAACUGCAAACGUUCUUGUGACUCACCCACCACUGCUCAUUGGGUAAGUCUGGGGAAAUGUACAAAGGCACUGGAGAGACAAGCAGCAUCUUUCAAGGGAAGUGGACGACAACUGCCUCAACCUGAAAUCCUCACCGUUCAUUUCCCUCCGCUGAUGCUGGCCACACUGCUAAGUUCCUUCAGCCAAAUGGCAGCUGAUAGGAAUAGGCUGAGGCUUUAUAAAGACCACACUUACAAAGAAGGGACGCGUUGGCAUUGGAGUGCCGGAGGAGAUUCACUAGAAUUAUCUCAGGAAUGAAAGGGUUAAUGUAUGAGGAGCGUUUGAUAGCUCUGGGCUUGUCUUCACUGAAGUUUAGAGGAAUGGGGGAAGGUAUCUCAUUGAAGCCUUUCAAAUUAUUUAUUGAGGCACAGUGCAGAAUAGGCCCUUCUGACUGAACCACCCAGCAAACACCGAAUUUAAUCCUAGGCUAGUCAUGGGACAAUUUAUAAUGACUAAUUAACCCACCAACUGGUAUAUCUUUAGACUGUAGGAGGAAACUCAUGUGGUCACAGAGAGAACGUGCAAAUUCCUUACAGCAGGAAUUGAACCCGGGUUGCUGGUACUGUAAGAGAGUAGUGCUAAUCACUAUGCUGACAUGCUACCCCAAUUACAACUAUCUGUUGAGUAAAAUUAAUUGUAACUCAAAAAAAAAUUAAAUACACUCAGUGGCAACUUUAUUAGGUACAGGAGUAGAACCAGAUGUCUUCUGUAGCCUAUCCACUACAAAAUUCGACGAGUUAUGCCUUUGGAGAUGCUCUUCUGCACACCACUGCUGUAACGUGUGGUUAUUUGAGUUACUGUCACCUUCCUGUCAGCUUGAACUAGUCUGGCCAUUCUCUGACCUCUAGAUGUUUUCACCCACGGAACAACCACUCAUUGGAUUUCUUUUCAUUGUAAACUAAAGACUUGUGCGUGAAAAUGCCAGAUCAGCAGUUUCUGAUAUUUAAACCACUGUCUGGCACCAACAACCAUUCAAAGGUCAAAGUCACUUUGAUCACAUUUCUUCCCCAUUCUGAUGUUUGGUCUGAACAACAACUGAACCUCUGGACCAUGUCUGCGUGCUUUUACGCAUGGAGUUGCUGCCACGAUUGGCUGAUUAGAUAUUUGCAUUAAGGGGUACAGGUGUACCUAAUAAAGUGGCCACUGAGUAUAUGGUUUGAUGAACCUGUGACAGGUAAAGCUAAUCUCCAUCUUACCUGCAGCAAGUUAAAUAGAGAGAGGAUCACAUUUUAAUCAAAGUACUUCCUAGCCAGAGACUUCUAUAGACUCUCCCUUCAAGUGUGAGCAGGCAGACAAAGCUGAUGUAUUUGUGCAGUUUAUUUUUGAUCCAGACAGGGUGAAUUCAGCACAUCUUACUCAACUUGUGAUUCCAAGUGACACCAGUUAAAUGUUGUAACAUCUGCCCCCACUUCCCACCCCCAAGGAAGCAGCCCCUUCCAUUGCCCUGGUGAUGUGCUGAGUGUCUAGUUGGUGUGCAAACAGAUUGCCACCCUGUUAUAUAACUGCAAAGUUAUCAUAGUGUGUCCUCAAAUUACUCACCGUCCAAGAGACGCAGGAAGGAUUAUCACUGGAGGUGGACAGGCGACUUUGCCCCCUCAGACCUCAGGGACAGGGUCCGGGGGGGGGGGGAGGGCAAAGGUCUCUGCACUUCCGAGUGUAAAACAGCAGAGAUUUGAGCAAAUGCUGCAGAAGCAUUUAAAAACUUGAUUCACUUGAUUUAGAACAUCCUGGACAACAUUUAACUGCUUCACAAAGUCACUGCUGUGAGGAAUGUAUUUUCAUGCACAGUUGGACCCCACAAAAAAUAAUACUCAGGUCCACACUUAAACAUCACCAAUAGAUAAAUAUGGGCCUCAACAUGAUGCUCUAUGUUCAGAUAGGGCUUUGAUUUACAUUUUUCUGGGAUCACACAGGCUUCCACCAUCUCAAUCCAGACAGGCUCCCCUUCACCGUCUCAAUCCAGGAACAGACUGGUUCCCCUUCACCAUCUCAGCCCAAAAGACAAGACGUUCAAACAGAGCUGGGUUCCAGAACCAGCUGAAAACAUUGACUUGCUACCUGCCCUUCCCACCUCUGGAGUGGGGACUGAACCUCCUUCUCAAGGGACCGAAACAGAAAUGAUUCUGUGGUACCUACAGAUCAAAUGACAUGACGGAUGCCAAUACCUCAAGAGGCAAGUGCUGAGAGUUAACAAUCCAAAGAGAGAAAAGGUGCAACAGGGCUUUCAAUCAACUCAUCUUCAAAUCCAAUUUUAUUUGAUUAAAACAAAAAAAAGAGAAUGCCAUCACAUCUCUAUGAAAUCCAUCAAAACAGCAAAGCUGCUCAUGUCUGUCCUGCUGUGUUGCACACUGACAUGACCCUCAUUGUUUCAAUAGAAUACAGGUGCAGGAAAGGGAAAGAUUCUAACAGAAAAAAUCUACAACAAAAAAUCUAAACUAUAAAGUUUUCUCACCUGGGGGGGGGGGGG